UCUCUCAUAUCCUAACAUAGAAAAAGAAAUGAAGGUACUCGGUUUCACACCUCUAUAAAACUCACUCCAAACUUUCACACAUUCUUCCCCACACCUCAUUCAACUUUAUCUAAAUUAAACCCUAGCUAGCUUUAAAUUUUCUCUUGCUUGCAUAUUAUAUAUAUAGAUACAUACAUAUAUAUAUAUAAUUAAUUAGUUCAGUACAUUAAUUAAGUACCAGAAUUAGGCAGGAAAAAAGAAGAAGAGAAAAUGGAAUCCCAAUAUAAGGGCAGUUACAGCAAUGGAGGAGUUGAGAGUGGCGGCGUGGCAAACAGGAGGAAAAUGAGGGGCUGCGACGUCGUUUUGAGGUUCUUGGCACUAGCACUCACUCUGACGGCGGCGGUGGUUCUUGGCGUCGACAAGCAGAAUACCACGGUGGCGGUGACUCUUGUCCCCACCCUCCCGCCGGUCAACGUUCCGGUCACGGCUAAGUGGCACCACUUGUCUGCUUUUGUGUUUUUUGUGGUGGCAAAUGCAAUAGCAUGUGCUCAUGCAGCAAUCUCAUUAGCCCUAACACUAGCAAAUAGAAGUGGCAAAAAGGGUAUAACCAUGAUUGUAGUCCUCUUUGACCUAGUAAUGGUGGCGCUACUAUUUUCCGGCGUGGGGGCCGCCGCCUCCAUCGGAGUUAUGGGGUUCGAAGGGAACUCGCACGUGCAAUGGAAGAAAGUUUGCAACGUGUUCGGAAAAUUCUGCCACCAGGCGGCAGCUGCCAUCGGCCUCUCCGGCGUGGCGGCCUUGGUGUUCUUCUUGUUGGUGGCGCUUGCCACGUGGAACCUCCACAAGAAGCACUAAGACUAGCUUAUAAGCCCAAUCCAAUUAGGUAAUCUUAAUUGGGUCCAGUGUUUCUUAACUUUUGGACUUUGGUGGAAAACCCAAAAUCAAGAUUUUAUAGUUUUAUUUUAUUUAUUUUAACUUUUUGGUUUUUAAUGGAAUCAACAACAUAUUUCACUUU